UGAAAGGGGGGGGGAUUUUAAAUAUCUGCAGUAACAGUCUGGGUGAAGACUAGCUCGUGCAUCGGUCAUUGUCUUACGCACCCAGGGUUUAAAGAUGGGAAAAAAGAGAAACUACAUAGCACAACUAGAGACAUAUGCACGUAAAGCACGCUGGGAGUUAACAUAUGAGGACAUGUGCUCUGAGGGACCUGAGCCCAAUGAAAGGUUCUCAAAGAGGGCUGUUGUCAAUGGUAAAUACUUUCCCAUAGGUGUGGGAAAUAACCCAAAGCAAGCCAAGUGGAAUGCAGCUAAAAGUGCCCUGAGCUGUUUGAACGAGAAGGAGAAUCUAAAACCAGUGACAGAAAAAGCUGCAAACAAUCCUACUGCAAAAGUUCCUCAGAAAAAUACCACUAAAGUCAACCUUUUAGGUGUGCUAAAUGUUAAUGCUCCGAAGAACAGGGGGAAUAUUAAAGCUGGGCUGUCAACCACACAGGAACCACAUGAUGUUCCCCAAUGCUCUAGCUUUGUGGUUGGUGAUAAGGAGCAUCCAGCUGUUACUGGGAAGCCAACAACGGAAGCUAAGGAGGAAGCAGCCAACUUGGAAAAAUAUGAGAUAUUUUGCAGUGAAACUACAGAGAUCAACUCUGGGUCCGUUAUCGUUGCUCCAGCCAGACCACCAACCGCACUGGAGACCUGUGAUGCAAAAUUAAAAAUUGUGCUAAUGACUGACUUCACCAAUUCAUCAAGUUCUACCAAGGAUGAGGAACAAAAUCCUGUUGUGAAGCCCAAAACAAGUUCUAAAUCAGGGAGUCAAGAAGUGAACACAGGAGACUGUCCCACUGAGAAGACAUCAACCAAAUCAGAAAUGUCAAGGUUUACAUCAGAGUUUGACUGCAUAGAGUCCCUCGGCGAAGGAUCCUUUGGUCGUGUUUUUAAGGCAUUAGAAAAACUGACUGAGAAGAAUUAUGCAAUAAAGAUUGUACACUAUAAAGACAUUGAAAAUGCUCUACAAGAGGUGAAGACGUUAUCAGAUCUAAAUCACUGUAACAUUGUGCGAUACUACACCUGUUGGUUGGAGGAUUCAGGAUACCGAUGCGAGAGUCUGGAUGAGAGUGCCAGCUCUACACAGUGUUCUAUCAAUGAUUCAUCGAUAAAGUACCUAUAUAUCCAGAUGGAGUUGUGUGAAUACACACUCAGAGAGUGGAUAGACAAGAAGAAUGAGGAGAAAUCUCUGCAAGACUCCAAGAGAAGAAAAGAGGGUCUAACUAUUGUUCAGCAAAUAGUUAGAGGAGUUGAAUACAUUCACUCUAAGAUGCUCAUCCACAGGGACCUGAAGCCUGCCAACAUCAUGCUUGGGAAAGAUGAAAAAGUGACGAUCGGAGACUUUGGUCUGGUCACGGUUGAAAACGAUGCUGAGAGCCUGAGGGAGAGAGAGAUGUACACAGGAACCCCAGCAUACAUGGCUCCUGAGCAGAAACAGCAAAAGACUUAUGACCGAAAAGUUGAUAUUUUUCCUUUGGGGUUGAUAUACUUUGAACUCCUUUGGAAAUUAUCCACUGUUCAUGAAAGGAACAAGGUUUGGCCCAACAUCAGAGAACAGAAAUUUCCCAAAGAAUUUCAAUGCAAUUUCCCCAAAGAGUGCUUUAUAAUAAAGCCAAUGCUGUGUGAGAAGCCAGAAGAGCGACCUGAAGCAAGUCAACUCAAGGCCGACAUUAAAGAAAUUGAGCGUCGCGGAAGAAGUCGCGGAAGAUGGACUGUCUGAUCCUGUGUUGCCUGUUUAAAGUGUUGACAACCCUCCCGUUAUUUUAAAAGGGGAAAUAUUAGCAAAUUAUUGGUUCAGACUUGUAUUUACGGUUGUUGAAAAAGACAGCUGAAUGGUUUGAUUCUUUAUCCACAUUUGAUUAAUAAAAAUGGCACAACAAUUACAAAGACUUUGCUUUGGUUAAUUGGUGCAUAACAUAAAUCUAAGGGAAGAUAAAGAAAACGGGAAAUAACGGUAUUGCAAAAAACAAGAUAAAUGCUUAACUAACUGAAAUAAAUGACCUAAGAAUUAUGUCUAGCAACAUUUAAGUCAAAUAUGGCUGACUGUUUGACAUGACGUAUAUGUACCUUUUUGUCUUUUUUUAUUUGUUUGUUUCUUAUUCCCUCUAUGCAAUUGUAAUGACACAAUGUUGGCCCAUGUCUGUUGGGUACCUUUCGGUGCUCGGAAAUUCAGGCUGUUUUUUUAAAUGUAGCGUUUUUAUAAGCUCAGAAUAAAUUGACAAACCUUA